AGUACCCUCAUAAUCGAUCAGAUAUUCGAGUAAGUGAGACGUAGAUUUCAGUGCAUCCGUCGAAAACGGAUUGAAGAAGUUUAAUUCAAAAGUAGCUUUGCCUCAUUUAUCUACCUGUUUUUCAGCACUCAUCUGCUGAUUUUGUCGAAUUAAGAAGAUUCACAAAAUCGUGGUGUUUGUGAUUCUGAUCUUACAGUAACGAGUCAUCAUGAAGCUUUUUUUGGUAUCCGCUGCCCUCGUAGCCGGACUCUGCAUGGUUCAUGCUGUUGACUACAAUUCUUCCGACGUCAAUCAGUUCACGGCCCAAUUCUCCUCUGUCAACCAUGUAUUCAAUGACCUGCAAACGUUCACCAAUCAACAGCUGGAUAAGUCAUUCGAUUUUCUUCUCCUGUCGUUCACGUUCGACAAAUACGAUCUGAAUCGCCCAGGGUUCGAAAAGCUGUACCGCAAGAUCUCCGACAAAGCCUGGGAGGAUACGGAGAAGUUGAUCAAGUACCAAAGCAAACGUGGUCUCACUGUUCAGCUGGAUGGUGUCCAGAGCGGAGUUGUCAGCCAGCUGAACGAAGGCAAGGUUGGCGGCAAGACGUCGCUCCUCGACAGCAACGAGCUGUCCUCCCUGAAGGUCGCCCUCGGCUACGAGAAAAUCCUGGCCGAUGAGAGCCACCGCAUCCACAAGAAAAUUUCCCACGCACACGACAAGGGACAGGCCUACGAUCCCGAUGUGGCGCACUUCCUGGAUGAGGAGGUCAUCGAGUACCAGAGUGGAACCGUUCGCAAGCUGACCGGCUACAUUCACAACCUGCACAGCAUCAUCGAGGAGGCCAACACCAAGGAAUUGGGUAUCCACAUGUUCGACGAGUACCUGGAUAAGGCUGAAUAAGGCGCUUGCCAUCGGAAGCGCUUACACGUAGCAUAAUGUAAGAAGAUCAAAAAUUUUAUUUUGCCACCUUCCCAAGUCAACGAUUCUGUAUUAGUGUAGUACAAGAUUUCCUGUAAUUAUUGUUCGGCGAAUAAAAAAUCACACAGAAAAGAGUA